AUGGAACAAUCACCUGUUGGUGAAGAGGAGUGGUUAGCACUCGUAGAUGAGGCUAGCAGAAACGCGAGAGAUCUGGAGCAGCGCAUCAAAGUUGUCGAAUUAUACGAUCGCGCAAUAAGCGCAGAACCUUGGAGCAACCCGCUUUGGUUAGCAAGAUGCGACUGGGUCUUGUCAUUAUACACAGAUUGUCGGGAUCCAGAUGCAGGAUGGCCAGAAGAUGAGCGACUCGCCGGACAGGAACUAUUCUCGUUACAAACAGCGCAGGAUCUUUGGCAGGAAGGCACCGCAGCUACGCAAUUUCGUUUGAACGACAGCCAUGAGCUAUGGAAUAGGUGGAUAACUAUUGAACUGGAAUUGCUUGCGAAGUCUCCUACUCGUGAGCAAGUAGAGCGCGUCCGCAAAAUAUUCUUCGAUCGCCUACAAAUACCACAUGCUAAAUGGGACGAGACUUCUCAAAUGUUCUCGACGUUUCUCACGAAGUAUGACGAGCCCUCUUAUGAAUCGACGAUGGUGCAAGUUACACAGAUGGGUAGCACUGCAAGAUAUUUGUAUGAGCAACGUGAACAGCACGAGCUCAAGCUUCAGCAAGCUGUUACGGCUGGUGAUAAAGAACACAUAGCAUCUGUAAUGAAGGAAUAUCUGGAAUGGGAGACUUUUCAAACAGUGACAAAGCCCAAAAAAGGUUUACCACAGAGCCCGCAAAUUCUCGCAAUUGCCCUCUACGAGCGCGCAUUAGCUUCCACAAUUUUGGGCCGGGAUCCUGGAACUUGGGAAGAUUACAUUGCUUUCGUUCAACAGAGCUACGUUGUAAAUCCAGAUGCGCAGUUAGGCAGCCCCCUUUACAUUGUUCAGCGAGCUACCGCACAUUGCCCUUGGUCGGGAAGCUUAUGGGCGCGCUACAUCCUUCUUGCUGAAACGCAAAACUUGGAUUUUUCUUCGAUUGAAGAUAUAAAGCAUGCUGCGACGAGUACUGGCGUAUUGGAUCGUGACGGGACAAUGGACGAAGUGAUUGAGGUCUACACAGCUUGGUGUGGCUAUCUCAGGCGUAAUACGAUCGAUAAACCUUUAGAAGACGAAGCUUUUGAUGUGGCAGACGCCGGUCUGCCUGGUUCACUCGAGGCCGUUCAAGACUGGGGUCGAAGGCUCUACAAAAGAGAAUACACGGAUCCUUCGUUCAAAAUCGAAAGGAUAAUGAUUCAGUACCUCACUCAGAAAGGAUCAAUUGAGGAAGCUCGUGAGUUUUGGAAAAGACUCGUGAAUACUCAUCAGAAAAGUUAUGUUUUUUGGCAACAGUAUUACUCAUGGGAAAUGACAGUCCGAUAUCUUAAUAAAUCAUCCAACUUACCCUCUAUGGUCUUGUCUCGAGCUUUACGUACGAAAGAUCUAGACUGGCCGGAAGCGAUCAUGGAACUUUACAUUUCACAUUGCAAUAAUUAUGAAGAUGCACAUACUUUAUUAGGAGCAAAAGAUCUAGUCCGCAGGCAAUUUCAACUAGUUACCAAGCGCAGGGAAAAGUUAGCCAUUGAGCAAGCAGAAUUAUAUGCUCAGCAACAGCAACAAAUCGUUAGCCCGGAAGCGACAGAUGAAGAUUCUCCUGGAAAUUCAAAGAGGAAGCGUGAGCCAACCUCAGAAGAUACCACUGAUAGUAAUACCCACAAGAAGAUAAAAAAUGAGCAAUCGACAGCUGAUGCAGAGGCUUUACGACAACAGCAUUUGACAAGGGAUCGCGAGAAUACUACCGUAAUAGUCACCAAUCUACCUCACGAGGUCACCCAAACCAAAGUGAGACAGUACUUCAAAGAAUAUGGUCACAUCAAUAGCUUGACGCUCAAGACCGAAGCGGACAAGCUUUCCUCUACCUGUUUGAUCGAAUUCCGUUCCAAUGACGACGUCCAAUCGGCUUUCCUCCGUGAUGGAAAAUUCUUUGGUGAGAAUCAAAUCAAAGUAGAGUCUGGUACUGGUUUGACUCUUUAUGUCACUAAUUAUCCACCUACUGCUGAUGAAAAUUAUAUGCAUACCCUUUUCAAGGAUUGUGGUGAAAUAUUCAGUAUCCGAUGGCCAAGUCUCAAAUUCAACACACAUCGUCGAUUUUGCUACAUUACCUUUCGUAAAGCUGAAGCUGCUUCGGCAGCCACUCAGCUCGAUGGAAAGUUGUUAGAAAACAAAUUCAAACUCGUAGCAAAAUAUUCCGACCCAGCUGCAAAAAAGCAACGAGAGGGUGCCACCGCAGAAGGUCGAGAGCUACACAUAACUAGUCUCGAUUCGAGCUUGAAAGAGGAUGAUUUGAAGCAGGUCUUUGGAAAGUAUGGCAAGGUUGAAUCUGUCAGAAUCUUGAGAACAUUCAAAGGGGAGAGCAAGGGUGCAGGAUUCAUCGUUUUUGAGAAAAAGGACGAAGCUACUGCCGCACUUGAAUUGGAUAAAACCAAGCUGAAAUCCUCCAUUCUUCAUGUCGAAUUGACGCAAGCAAGAAACUACAAACCUAUCGCAACUAGUAGAGAAAAGGGGGCUUCAGCAUCUCCAGCUCCAGACGAUGAUGGAGAUACUAUGAUGUCUCCUGCUUCUACUACUGACAAUCCUCACAAGAAUCAACAUGCUUUACAUCAACCAUCAGAAGGUGGCAAUCGAACGAUUACCUUGCUCAAUGUCCCUGAUACGGUGAAUGAUGCAAGAAUCCGUGCAAUUGCAGAGCCAUUUGGAAAUAUCAUCAAAGUUGUACUUCGUCCAGACCAUCAAGGUGCAAUCGUCGAGUUCGAGGAUGUUAAUUCUGCAGGUAAAGCAUCUCUCGGUCUUGAAAAUCACGAGAUAGCACCAGGUCGCAGAUUGAGAACAGGAGGAAUGAAAGAUCUUUUCGCACAGUCGAGUGAGGUUAAAAGUGAUCGCAUUGUGGUUGGACAAAAUGGUAAGAAGGAAAAGGAGAAAGCGGGUGCGAGUACAGGGACAGGAGCAGGGACAAGCACGAGUAAUUUCAUGCAACCCAGUGUACCGAUCAGAAGACCAGGUGGGGGAAGGGGUGGAUUGGGACAAAAAAGAGGAUUGGGAUUCUCGGGCGGGAAAAAGCCAGCGCCAGUGCCGGCACCAGAUACGGGUUCGGAUACUAAUGCAAAACCAAAAAGUAAUGCGGAUUUCAAGAAAAUGUUUUUGAGUGGUGGAAAGGAAUGA